AUGACUAACACUCUUGAAAGCUUUACAGAUGUUCUGGGCGAUGAAAUUGGUAACUCCCAACCGUUAUCAUUGCCGUCAUCGGCAGAAAGCCAAGGAUUCCCUCAGUCUGUGAAUAAUCCAAUUGAAACCACGAGUACUGGAAUUACGGAACGACCAGCUAAGUGUACUGGGCAACGUGGACAAUUCAGGAGUGUAGAGGAGAUAGACCCGAAAUACAGAGACGUGUUUUCAUAUCCAUAUUUCAACUUAGUGCAAUCUAGAGUUAUAGAAGACGCACUAUAUUCAGACAAGUCCAUAGUCGUAUGUGCUCCGACUGGAUCCGGGAAAACGGUUGUGUUUGAAAUGGCCAUAGUGCAGCUCUUGAUGGAACUCGAAGACAAAAAGUACACUGAAGAUUUCAAAAUUAUUUACAUGGCACCAGUGAAAGCGUUGUGCACAGAAAGAUUGACGGAAUGGUACUCAAAGUUCACGAAACUUGGUUUGAUGUGUAUCGAAGUUACUGGCGACACUGACGUUGACUUCACGCAAUUAAAACCUUACAAAAUAAUAAUAACGACUCCUGAGAAGUGGGACAUGUUGACGCGUCGGUGGCGGGACCACCGAUGUUUGGUCGAGGUGAUCAAGUUGUUCCUGAUCGAUGAGGUUCACAUACUGAAUGAUGAGACAAGAGGACCAGUGCUUGAAGCCGUUGUUAGCAGAAUGAAGACUAUUGAAAGUUCAGCCCAAUCAGUCCACCGUAUAGAACAACUGCAGAAGGAAAUACAAGGCGAAACAGCAUCUAACAAAUCAGCUCCAAGAAUUAGGUUCGUCGCCGUAUCAGCUACUGUCAGCAACCCUGAAGACGUCGCCACUUGGCUGGGAACUAGUGAUAAGCCUGCUGUGUUUUAUAAGUUCGGAGACGAAUGUCGUCCCGUAAAGUUGAAACGUAUAGUGGAAGGGUACCCGUGCGCUGAAGGCACAAGUAUAUUCAAGUUCGAUAUCAUACUUAAUUACAAACUGUGGCCCAUCAUACAGAAAUACCAUUGUGGCAAGCCUACUCUGAUAUUCUGCAAUACUCGUAAGAGCGUAAUAUUGACGGCGGAGACUCUGUCCCGCGAAUUAACAAUUAGCUUCAACGCGGAACAAAAGGCGAAGCUUACUGCACUAGCUUCUACAAUUAAGAACAAGACAUUACAGGCCCUGAUAAUGAGCGGUGUUGGGUGUCAUCACGCGGGCUUGUUAUACGAAGAGCGACAGAACAUUGAGUUCGCCUUUAGGAAUAGAGAUUUACCGAUAUUAAUCACUACUACUACUUUGGCAAUGGGCGUUAAUUUGCCAGCUCACCUAGUCAUCGUGAAAAACACGCAGCAAUAUGUUAAUGGAGCUUACCAGGAAUACAGUAUAAGUACAGUGCUACAGAUGGUGGGUCGCGCAGGCCGACCGCAGUUCGACACUGAAGCCACGGCUGUCAUCAUGACACGCCUCGUCGACAAGGUCAGACUAUUUUUAAACCUCAUUACCUAA